GGAUAUCGUUGCGGUGAUGCCCGACCAACUUGUUGUCCUCCCCGACCAAGUUGCGGAACCUCAACAAGCUCCUAUUGAAGAUGUGGUAGUGCCCGACCCCGACCAGGUCGUGGCUUUACCCGACCCGCUUGUUCAGCAAGUUGAUGAGGUUUCUAUUGUUGGUCCCGAACCAGUCCAACCCGAACCAGUCCAACCACCCGAUGAAGUAGAGGAAAUUUCCUCCUCAAGAUCGGGUGAAGCUUCUGUUAAUUUUGCCCCGCUGAAUCCGGUUGGUACCCUUUCUCAUCCAUUUUCGGAUUUUAUUUUUGCCCAUCCAACGGUGACGAAAACUUUUAUCUUCUGUUCAGGGUAUGGAUUUAGCAGCCGCCCAACAACUUCCACCAGGGGAUGAAUCAGUUGCUGGUCCGAUUACCCGACCAGUCAACCCCUCAAAUUUCCAACUUAUGGCCCCUUCCGAGACUACAGCUGCCCUGGAUCAAGCUGCUCAGGAGAUGAACAUUUUGACCCGAAUAAAUCUCCCGACACACGUCAGAACCAUUGUGGAACGAUGCGCCAAUUUGGACUUUGCCGACUUAGAACUGGCUGACCUUUCGGCGUUAGUCCAAGUCGCAAUAUCCCUAUUGGUUCAACCUGCCCUGGAGUCGGGAGCUUCACCAGUUCUCGAUCGGAUGAUGGCCAGGAUCACUGAACCUCAAGCUGAACUUCCUCUGAUCCGACCCCCAUUAUCCGAAGCGACCUCCUCUCGUCCGGCAGCAGAUCCUAAUAAUAUCGAAGCAGAUUUGAAGAAGGCUAACCAAGAUCUUAGCGAGACUAGGGCCCGACUAGACGAGCUCCGGCAGGAGAGACAAACAUUAGCUACUGAAAUCGCUCAAAAGACUGAAGAACUACGACGACUUCAAGAACGAUUGGAAGCCAUAGAUGAUAGCAUACAAGAGGGAAGUCGUCUGGUUGAAACACAUUGCCUUAACCAAGCCAGUCUUUGCGACCAACUUCAGGCAGCGAUUCAAACGAGACUCGUCCAGAGAUACCAAGAAGCAUACCAACGUCGUCGGGCCAUAAAGUCAGAACUCAAAUGGGCCGAUCUAAAAACUGCUUUACGGGCGCUUCUCUCCUUGUAA